CCUGGCUUCAUUUACUACGCACAACAGCAGCUGUUUUCUGUUGACAGGAUCAAAUUACCGCUCCGGCGCUCAGGUGAAAAUACACCUGCGUUCCAUCGCAAAGAUGGACACCUCACUACGGACGGUGUUUCUACUGCUGACGGCGACGUUAGCUGCGUCAGUGGAGGGGAGGAUUGACGUUCUAGACGACCACAUCAACGUUGGUACACCGCUGGUCCAGACGCUGACUGAAAAUGUGGAGGCACAGAAGGACCGGUUUGUUCAGGAGUUAUCUAACAUGGUGACUGUCCAGUGCCACAGGAACAGUAUGAACGUGGUCAUCAUGAUGUCCCCUCUUACAGAAAACUACAACUUUGAGUUCAGGGACGCCUCCUGCCGGGCCGUGCGGGAUGUGCACCACUUCCUGCUGCAGACGCGUCAUGACGAGUGCGGGACGCGGAAGGAGAUCCGGUCUGCCGAGCACGUCAAGUACAGCAACGAACUACAGGCCUACUCAACUACAGACACGGCAAGGCUCAACAACGCAGGGCCGCUUCAGAUCACCAGAACUCCUGACUGGACCGUGAACAUCCGUGUCGAGUGUUACUACAACAUGAGUCAGGUUCGGACAGUAGACUUCGGUGUGUACGAGGGAGAGGCAGACCUCCUGAAGCACGGUCUGAGCAGCAUUGACUUCCAGCUGGAGAUAUUCGACAACCCGGAAUUCUACAAGGAAAACUCCAACAGGAUAUUCGUGCCGCUAGGGGCGCCACUGUACCUCCAAGCCUCCUUCGCGCCAGACUUCAGCGACCCAGACUUAAUGGUGUUCACGGAGAGCUGCUGGGCCACGCCCAUGGGACUGGGAGAGGGGAACAUUGGGAGAUACACCAUACUGGAGGACGGCUGUCCAAUAGACGACACCGUGACCUUCCUGCCAUCCUCUCCGGACCGAUACCGGUUCAGUCUGGAGUCCUUCAAGUUUGUACCCAACGUCAAGGAGGUGAAGAUUCACUGCAGCAUCAUGGCGUGUGAUGCCCUGGACACAAGCUCAAGAUGCCACAGAGGUUGCCACGGUGAUGCCACAGAAGACACGCCCAUAGGAAAAGGAGACACGCCCACAGAAGAGUCCUACAUAGAUGCUGAUGAUGAUGAAGCUGAGUCAGACUACACCGGAGGUAACUUCAUGCACAGGAGGCUGAUGUCUGUGGACACGUCUGUUGUGUUUGUGGAGGAAGUUGAGGACACUGAUGUUGAUGAUGACAGUGAGAACCUACAGCUGUACGAAGCCAAGAUGAGAGCAGCUAUUGAAGUGUCCAUGCCUCCACUAGAGGACAGUGUCCCUAAACCACAGGCACCAGAUGUUCCAAGCCAAAGUUCUGAGUCUACCCCUGCUGCUACACCACAGGACUCUGGUGUGUCUCUUCUCACCACACUGUUAGCAGUAGUACUGGCCGUGGGAGCAUAUGCACUUCUUGUUCCCAGGGUAACCAGACACACAGGGAGUCCCAGGGUCAGCAGGAAGCUGACCUCCCAUGACCUGGGAGGUCAGAGGUCAAGGGAGGACGAGGGUUAUGGGUCACCUGGAGGGUACUUCUCAGAUUCUGAUGAUGAUUAACAAUCUGAUGUAAGAUUAGAUGGUUACAGUAGUGUGGGUUUCUUUGGUGAACCUAGAAAUUAGUAGAGUGCUUUGAAAUUCUCAGGUAUUUUUGGUGUGUUCGUAAUGAGUUGGUGGGUAAGGCUUUUGAAGCUAUGACAAUCAUUGUUCUAAAUCUAAGUCCAGAAACAUACCAAAUAGCCAGAUCAAAGCAGUAUUGAUCUUCAGCCAGUGUCAAAACCAAUCAUUACCUCAUAAUAAAAUUAUGAUAAAACAUCUCCAAGAAGGUCUUUUGGCCAAUUUGCAAGUUGUGUCCAUUGGGUGAUGGUAUUGGAUACUGUCUGGCAAAUGGAUACUGUCUGGCCAAUUUGAUUCUUUCUUUGCAGCCACCAAAACAUCUGCUUGGAGAUUAGGUAAAACAGUGUCAUCUAAAUUAAGAAACAGAGACUAGAAAUCUGUUGUCACAACAGCCUUUAUUUCCAAUUCAAGUAGAAGGUGUAUGGACUAGAGUAGACCCAUACCAUGUUCACCUUGUUAAUAAGAUCAUACUUUUUAAAGUUAAAACUUUUAAUCCAACACAAAGAAAUCU